AUGGCUGCUCUUGCUGGCACAAGGACGCGGGCAUGGACAUGUAGCUCCCGCUUCAGCCAGCGCACCUCGGCUAGGCCUCGUACGCUGGUGUGCGCGCGCAUCCUGCUGGAGGACCCGUACCGCACGCUGGGUGUGGCCAGCGAUGCAGAUGAGAAGGAGAUCAAGCGUGCCUACCGGCGUCUAGCGCUCAAGUUCCACCCGGACGUCAAUCAGACCGGCGACGCCGAGCGGCGCUUUGUCAGCAUCCAGCAGGCGUACGAGGUGCUCACCGGCAAGCGGCCCCACGCCAGCAGCGGCGCAGUGACCCGCAACCAGCAUAACGGAUGGGAGUUUUCUGACUGGUUUUGGAGCUUCUCCGCGAGCCGCCGCUGGUCUGAGCAGCACCACGCGCGCCCGCCGCAGGACGCCGCGCGCGCCCCCCAGGAGCGCGCCGUGCUGCACUCGCAGCUGGCCGGCCUGCGGCAGCGCGCGGCGAUCCGCCACACCAAGCAGUGGCGCGAGGAGCGGGCGGCGGGCGGCGCGGGGGCGGCGGGGGCGCAGGCCACCGCGCCUGAGCAGCAGCAGCACCAACAACAGCAGCAGCACCACCAACACCAACACCAGCACCAGCAGCACCAGCAGCACACGGCGGCGCAGCCUGUCGUGGAUUACGACACCACAGCCAUGUCUGACGGCGUCAACAUGGCCUGCGGCGAGGGCUACGAUCCCUGGAACCCUCAUGCAGCCGUCGCGAGCGCUGCUGCAGGCGCCGCGGCCGCCACUGCGCGCCCCAAGUUCACGGCCACCGAAACGCUCAAGAGCCAGGUCUGCGGGCAGCUGGGCGGCCUGAAGCGGCGCGCGGCGGUCAAGGCGCGCGCGGACACGGCGGCGGCGGCGCGGCGGACGGGUGCGCGGUGGGAGCCGCGGAUCGAAGAGAAUGAGGAAGGCUGCUACGACGUGUGA